GAGAGAGAGAGAGAGAGUAAACACCACAGCCUAACAUCAACACAAGAAGAAGAAAAACAAAAUCUAGAAAAUGGAGGUGAUACGAUCUCAAAAACGAACACCCACAAACGACACCGUUUCGAAUCCCAAACUCCCACUCUACUUCACAGCUCCAACGAUGGAAGUCCGAUUAGAAGAAUUCGAGCUCUUCGCCGUCCAUCGCCUCCGAGUUUUAAAAGGGGUCUCUGAUGGAUUAGCCCGCGGGAGAAACCCUAAGGAGAUGGAUGAGACGGUGGAUACUUUGUGGAGAGAUCAUAUGAGAGAUCCAGAUGCGUCUGUGAUGUUGAAUAAGGAUAUCAUCUCACAUUUCGUGUUACGUCUCGUUUAUUGCAGAUCAGAUGAAUUGAAGAAAUGGUUUCUUAGUAUGGAAACUGCUCUUUUCCGACAUAGGUUCCGGCUUGAGAACUUUCAAACACAGAGAGGAAUUGUGGGAGAGUUUGGAUUACCGUAUAAGGCAGUCACAGGUGCAGAACUUGAGGGUUUGAAGGAGAAGUUGGGGCAAGUGGUACGUUCACUAGGUCAAAUUUCACCAAACGUUGACGCUGUAUACUACAAGGUUCCUUUUGAAGAGGUUCCUGACCUUGUGGCUACCCGAAGAGUACUUAUACAGAAAGGUUAUGCCUUUGUUGCUGGCAGUCAGUUGGUUUCUCUUGUUGUCACACAAUUUCGAGCUCAUUUAUCAAAAGCCCUUAUUCUAACAAACAGAAAAUGGACUACAACUAUUCAAGAGAGAGAGAAAGACAGACUAACUCCAAUAGUAGAAGCUUUAUCUACAAGCUACGUGGGUCCUGAUUAUUCUCAGUCAUCUGAGUUCGCUGAGAUAACACUCAAGGAUAUUGAUCAAGUUGCCAAGACUUCCUUCCCACUUUGCAUGAGACAUCUAUUUGAUAAACUUCGAGAUGAUCAUCAUCUAAAACAUGGAGGAAGAAUGCAACUGGGUUUAUUUUUGAAGGGUGUGGGUCUGAAGCUGGAUGACGCUUUAGCGUUUUGGAGAGCAGAAUUCACAAAGAAGGUUGGCUCUGAGAGGUUUGAUAAAGAGUACGCCUAUUCCAUUCGCCAUAACUACGGGAAGGAAGGGAAGAGAACGGAUUAUACGCCUUAUUCUUGUCAGAAAAUCAUCUCAUCGGCUCCUGGUGCUGGGGAUCAUCAUGGCUGUCCGUACCGACAUUUCAGUGAGGAUAACCUGAGAGCAGCACUUGGUAGAAUGGGACUGAGUUCUCGUGGGAUGGAAGAUGUUAUGGAUAAAGUGCGGAACAAACAUUAUCAGCUUGCAUGCACAUUGACCUUUGAGGCUGUUUAUGGCACAUCGUGUGAUGCUGGUAUCAACCAUCCAAACCAAUACUUCGAGGAGAGUCAGAAGAUUUUGAAAUCCAAGACGCCAUCUGCUCCAGUCUAAUAUGGUUUUAGUGUUUUAAAUUUAUGAAAUCCGAUGAACAACAUGUCCUAGAAUAUUAAUAUAUAAACCAAGUUCCCAACUUCAAAUUUUCAUGCGGUAAUAGUUUCAUUUAUUUUACUGUUGUGUUGUUAUAGUUAGAUUUGAAAGUAUUUU